AGAACCGCUAAUUCGUCUUCUCCGCCAAAACGAAAGAUCAAACCUUUAAAGAAAAAGUUGAAUAUAAGCUAAUACAUCGAGCGCAUUUUGAUGAGGUUGUGAUAGAGAUUGAGGGCAAUUCUUGGGAAGUGAUGGAUGAGGAGAGAAGGGUAGUGUGUCGGGAGAACCAAGGAUUAGCGGAUUAUGUGUUGCAGAAGAAGCGAGAGUACGCUGAUAAGCCCAAGGGUUUGUCCGAAAACCUGGAGAGGACAUUUCUUAAGGCGUAUAGAAGUGUCUGCGACUCCAAGGAUCCCAUUACCACUCUGAAAGACUUAUCUCACUUAAAGGGAUUUGGCAAGUGGAUGCUUAAGAUGACGAAAGGCUAUUUUGAUAAUGGAGCUGAAUGUUCUGAACAAGAUGAUUUACCUCAAAAUUGUGCUGGGGACAAGGCUAAGGGGAAAAAGCGGUACACUCCGCAAAGAAACUCUGUGGCUUAUGCAUUACUAAUAACAUUGCACAGAGAGACUUCGAAUGGGAAAGAGUUCAUGCGCAAAGCAGAGCUUAUUGAUGCUACUGAAGCAAGUGGGCUCUCACACGCCCCUGUUGGGCCAGAGAAAGGAAAAGGGAAAGCAGGACUUGGAAACUCUAAGAGGGAGUGGUAUAGUGGAUGGAACUGCAUGACAACACUUAUACACAAGGGUUUAGUGGUCAAAUCUAGCAACCCUGCAAAGUACAUGCUGACAGAUGAAGGUCGUGAAGUAGCAAAUGAAUGCAUCACACGAUCUGGAUUACCUACACUUGACAUCUUGUCCGAUGAUGAAACGGAUCCUGCUACUCAAAAUUCCAUCUCAGAACAAACAGCCAUUCCUAGUGAUAUUCUUGAAAAGUUUACACCGUUUGGGUAUUCUAAGGAACAAGUCGUUGCUGCAUUCAGAGAGGUUUCAGAUGGAUCUCAGGACAAAGAUCCGUCAACUCUCUGGUUAUCUGUGAUGUGCCAUCUUCGUCAGGCAGAAGUUUAUAACCCAUGUGUGGACUCUCGGAAUAGAAGGAAAGAUGCAGCAGGACCUUCUAGAGCGCAGACUUGUCAAGUUGAUCUGGAGGGAUCUCAUGCUAAGAAGUUCCGCUCUAGCGAUGAUGGAUACACCUCAAAACCAUCUGGUCCAAGUCAUUCUCCAUUGCAGUCCUUCUCAUCUUCUUUGCCUUCAGAUGGAGUUACAUGCCUUCCUCCUCUUACAUUUGGAGAUUCGUUUGAGGAAGCUUAUCAAGUGAUAUUGAUUCUGGAUGACCGAGAACAGUUUGCCACUAAGGGAUCACGAUCCAGGAAGAUAGUUGAUUACAUAUGCUCUGAAUUCAAGAUCAAGAUUGAGGUUAGAAGAUUACCAGUAGGGGAUUGUAUCUGGAUUGCUAGGCACAAGCGUCUUGGGGCUGAGUAUGUUCUGGACUUCAUUGUUGAGAGGAAGAACAUUGAUGAUUUACGCUCGUCAAUUAGAGACAAUCGCUAUAGGGACCAAAAACUUAGACUUCAGAGAUCGGGAUUAAAGAAGCUGAUAUACGUCGUUGAAGGGGAUCCAAACCAGUCUGAUGCAGCAGAAAGCAUUAAAACAGCUUGUUUCACAACGGAGAUUCUGGAGGGAUUUGAUGUGUUGAGGACAAGCGGGCUUGGUGAGACGCUGAGAAAAUACGGUCAACUCACUACAUCAAUACACCAGUACUACAAGUCGUUGGCGAAUGAUGAUGACCGGAACAAAGCUGCGUAUCCUUGUUAUGAUAGUUUUGUGAAAAGGUGUCAAGAUCUUGAUAAAAUGACAAUCAGCGAUGUAUUUGCCAUUCAGCUUAUGCAGGUCCCGCAGGUAACUGAGGAAAUCGCUGUAGCUGUUCUUGACAUGUACCCAACACUUUUAUCUCUUGCUUCUGCCUAUUCUCAGCUAGAAGGGAAUGUCUCAGCGCAAGAAGAAAUGUUGAGAAACAGGAGCAACAAUGUCAUUACUGCAACAGCUAGUAAGAACAUAUUCAAGCUAGUUUGGGCGGAGUGACGUCUCCACUCUUGUGUGUUUGGGGUCAAUGAUUUACUGUGUAACAAGCUAUAGUAAGAGCGUAAGCAAUUUAAACAGCCGUGUUAAUAAUCUGCUUUAGCCAUUAAUUGACUUAUUUGUAAACUUGGUUACUUGUUGGACACGAUUGAAUAUUAAGUUUCAAAAGACAAA